AUGAGAGUGCCCGCCCCGGUGGUUUGUCGCCAACAUUUUCAGAGAGAGGAAGAGGGAGAGCGUGCUUUGCUGCAGGUGGAGAUGGAUAUGCUCGUGGCGAAGGCUGAUGGCUCUGGCUUCUUGACGCUCUACGAGGUCGACCCGAAGUGUGCCGACUUGUGGGCCGCCUUCCGAGCUUGGUGUGCCGAAACCUUUCAGACCACUGAUGAGAUGGUGUCGCAGUUGCGCGGAAGCUUGGUGGAGUUGGGACCUCCGGAAGGAGAGAGGAAGCCUCCCAGAAAGCAAAAGAGUGCGGUGCCGCCAGUGGAGUUCACCUUUAUCCGCGAGCAAUUUAUGGAGAAUGCUCCAAGGCAUGGCUGGUUUGGUGGCUUCGAAGAUACCAUCUUUUCUUGUCUGGAUCGAAAGCAAUCCGGGUAUGUGACAAACAAUGACCUCAUGUGGUUUGAGAAGGCGGGUGAGACGUUGUUGCCAUGUGGCUGCUGCGACUGCAUCUUGACCUUUCCCGUCCUCCGUGAGGCCAGAUCACAACACAACAGGAGGAUGCAGCUCAGACCCACUGGCAGUCGGGCCGUCAUGAACACAACAGGGCCAGCAGUGAAAAAGAACCCCAUGCAAGCCUUGUUGGCUUUCAUGAGCUUUUUGAGAAGCAGCAGCUUGGGAGGAAACCUUAUGCAGACCUGGCGCACAUUGCUAGAUCCGGAUGGGUGCCUCUCUGUCCAGCGGUCUGACAUUGAAAGGGCAGCUACACAAGUGGGAUGGCGUGGGGACGUGUCAUCUCUUUGGAGCGCACUAGAUGCACCAGGUGGUCGCGCUGCUUUAGAGGAGUUUGGCUUCAAAGAGGCUCGCGCAUUGGCGCUGUUUCAUGCCUGGGCAGCGGCAUUGGGUGGAGUAAAAGAGGCCUGGUCAAGACUCUUGGGAGUUGAGAGGGGGUACCAGAGAAAGCGACGAGCGUCCGCCAUGGUGGUGCAGCCACUAGCACCGCAAGCCGCUUCUGCUUCACUGGAUCGACCAGCCUUUGUCUUUGCCUUGACACGUGUGCAUGCGAAGCAUGUGCAGCCAGUGGAUGAGACGAGCUUUAGCAAUUAUUUGUUUUCAAUCCUGGACUGGGAACCCCAUGGAAAGCUCUCUUACAAGGACGUGCGUUUUUUGGAAUCGUGGGAGCCUGUGAAAUGGUUGUCCGAGAAGGCAGGUCUCAACGAAGCUGAGUCGUUCAAGGAAACCGUCCUGUCCAAGUAUGGGAACCACCCAGUGAAGGCAUGGAGAUUGUGUUUGGAUCUGGAUGCCACUGGAAUUUGUAGGUGGACUGCCUUCAACCAAGCAGCUGAACGAAUUCAGUGGAAGGGUGAUUGUGCCAAAGCCUGGCUGGGUUUGGACAAGCAGAGCUUAGGCUUCAUCACUCUUCACAACAUAGAUGCCGAAGUGGCGGAAAAUUUGGCUCUCUUUCGAAGAUGGUGCUUUGCCACCUACGGUGGAGUUGCCAUUGCUUUUCAUGCCUUGGACUCUGACGGCUCGGGCUCGUUCAGCGAAGAGGAGUUUGUCUCGGUGAUCGAACACUCCACCUUCAAAGGGGAUGCCCACGCCGCUUGGCGGUCCUUGAACUUGGAGGGUAGUGACAUUUUAUCGGAACGGGAAAUGGACUUUCUGGAUGAUAUGGAGCUGGACAUGCUCGCGGCCUAUGUUUCGGCCACGGAAGCCGCGGAGGAAAGCGAGAAGCAAAAACACCACGUGGAAGUGGAUCUUCAUCGUCGAAACUCGGUGGUGGGUGCAGAUUUGCGAAACCAAACCUCCAUGCUCACGCUGGAGCAGCAAGGUGAUGACAAAGCACAGCUGCUUCUGACGACACCCGAGUCCCGCGUGGAACUGUUGGACAUGGUCGGAUUGGAGAAUUCGCUUUCGGAGAGCCAAAGUCUCUCUUCCUUUGUGCUUCCCCGACUUGACCUGAAGUCCACAGAUCCCAUGUCUAUAUCUCUUGGUGCUGCAUCCGCUGGCACUGCUGGCCGCAAGCAUGCUUCCAUUGACUCGUCCAGUAGAUCCACCAUGUGGGUUGAGUCCAGCAAGAAGUUGUAUGCCGGGGGGAUCCCAUAUAUGUGA